AUGGAACUUUAUGCAGAUUCUGUCCAAGAAGUAGACUACAGCAGACCACUGUUGACCCUAUCAUUACAGCAGACCACGUUGCCCUAUCAACACGCAGACCACUGUUUCCGCUAUCAAUACAGCAGACCACUGUUGCCCCUAUCAACACAGCAGACCACUGUUGCCCCUAUCAACACAGCAGACCACGGUGGCCUCUAUCAUUACAGCAGACCACUGUUUCCCCUAUCAACACAGCAGACCACUGUUGACCCUAUCAUUACAGCAGACCACCGUUGCCCUAUCAACACAGCAGACCACUGUCCCUAUCAACACAGCAGACCACUGUUGACCCUAUCAUUACAGCAGACCACCGUUGCCCCUAUCAACACAGCAGACCACUGUUGCCCCUAUCAUUACAGCAGACCACUGUCCCCUAUCAAACACAGAGACCACUGUUGCCCCUAUCAACACAGCAGACCACUGUUGCCCCUAUCAACACAGCAGACCACGGUGGCCCCUAUCAAUACAGCAGACACACUGCCCUAUCAAUACAGCAGACCACCGUUGCCCCUAUUAACAAAGCAGACCACUGUUGCCCCUCAUUACAAAGCAGACCACCGUUGCCCCUAUCAAUACAGCAGACCACGGUGGCCCCUAUCAACACAGCAGAUCACUGUUGCCCCUAUCAACACAGCAGACCACUGUUUUCCCUAUCAACACAGCAGACCACUGUUUCCCCUAUCAACACAGCAGACCACUGUUGACCCUAUCACACAGCAGACCACCGUUGCCCUAUCAACACAGCAGACCACUAUUGCCUAUCAUUACAGCAGACCACUGCCCCCUAUCAACACAGCAGACCACUGUUGCCCCUAUCAACACAGCAGACCACGGUUGCCCCUAUCAUUACAGCAGACCACUGUUUCCCCUAUCAACACAGCAGACCACUGUUGCCCCUAUCAAUACACCAGACACUGUCCCCUAUCAACACAAGAGACCACUGUUGCCCCUAUCAACAUAGGAGACCACUGUUGCCCCUAUCAACACAGCAGACCACUGUUGCCCCUAUCAAUACAGCAGACCACGGUGGCCCCUAUCAAUACAGCAGACCACUGUUGCCCCUAUCAACACAGCAGACCACUGUUCCCCCAUCAAUACAGCAGACCACGUGCCCCUAUCAACACAGCAGACCACUGUCCCCCCUAUCAACACAGGAGACCACUGUCCCCCCUAUCAACACAGCAGAUCACUGUUGCCCCUAUCAACACAGCAGAUCACUGUUGCCCCUAUCAAUACAGCAGACCACUGUUGCCCCUAUUAACAAGGCAGACCACUGUUGCCCUAUCAACACAGCAGACACGUUGCCCCUAUCAAUACAGCAGACCACUGUUGCCCCUAUCAAUACAGCAGACCACUGUUGCCCCUAUCAACACAGCAGACCACUGUUGCCCCUAUCAAUACAGCAGACCACCGUUGCCCCUAUUAUACAGCAGACCACUGUUGCCCCUAUUAACAAAAGCAGACCACGUUGCCCCUAUCAAUACAGCAGACCACGGUGGCCCCUAUCAACACAGCAGACCACUGUUGCCCCUAUCAACACAGCGGACCACUGUUACCCCUAUCAACACAGCAGACCACUGUUGCCCCUAUCAAUACAGCAGACCACUGUUGCCCUAUCAACACAGCAGACCACUGUUGCCCUAUCAACACAGCAAUCACUGUUGCCCCUAUCAACAAAGCAGACCACCGUUGCCCCUAUCAACACAGCAGACCAUAAGGACUGAGAAGGAGACCCCAGAAUGCGUGCUAAGUUUAGACUCGAGAGGCAAUACUUCACUUGAAAUGGACUACUGCUGGCUCUAG